UGCACGUGUGUGAGUGGCGCUCAAGGCGCUGAGAGCGCACAGUGAAUGGAGGAGCAGCCUUCACUACCGCUCUGCUUGGUGUUUAGGGGACCUGGAGUGCACUGUGUUUAUAUUCCAAUCGGGAGAAAGAACGGCCGUUCUGGAUGUAGCCUCCAAUCAUGUUGUCGGCGUUGGAUAUUGCAUCAACACCGCAAGUGUUUGAAUAUUGAGAGCUGGGAUAUAAGGGCUGCCGACUGGAAUUGUAGUCAUGGGAGGCCAGAUAACGCGAAAUGCCUUGUACGACUCUCUGGGCGGUCCGUUCCCCUCCACCACCCACCAAUGCCACCACAAGCCCAAGCGCUGCCUGCCCAUCCAGCAGUGUGGCGUUGUGGGCGGGGGCCAGAGGAGAGGCCUGGCCAUAAGUCCCUUGCUCUUCCACCCGAACACCAAGGGCUCCCAGAUCGCCAUGGACCUGGCCCAGAGGACCGUCAAGAGGCAGGCCAGUUUCUGUAACGCCAUCACCUUCAGCAACAGACCCGUAGCGUUGUAUGAGCAGGUCCGGAUCAAGAUCACUAAGAAGCAGUGUUGCUGGAGUGGAGCUCUUCGUCUGGGCUUCACGGCUAAAGACCCGUCCCGUAUCAACCCAGACAGCCUGCCCAAGUAUGCCUGUCCUGACCUGGUCUCCCAGAGUGGCUUCUGGGCCAAGGCACUACCUGAGGAGUUCGCCAACGAAGGGAACGUCAUCGCCUUCUGGGUGGACAAGAAGGGCCGGGUCUUCUAUAGAAUCAAUGAGUCCAACCCAAUGUUGUUCUUCAGUGGAGUGAGAACAGGAGAACCGCUGUGGGGACUGAUAGAUGUCUAUGGGUUGACCCGUGGAGUGCAACUGCUAGAGAGUGAGAUCGUCCCUCCCGACUUCCUCCGUCCCCGCUCAUUCACUACUGUACGCUCCUCCUCUCUCCGCCGCGAGGCAGAUGAAUCCCGCCUCUCUGUCAGCCUCUGUGACCUCAACCUGCAGGAAGUGGACGGCUCUGGCCCAGCCUACCCACAUAACCACGCCCAUCUCCACCUGGCCCCUCCCUCUGCCUCCUGCCCCAUCCCCCAAAACUCCCUCAACACCCAGCAGUCCUCUGUCCUCCCGCACUCCCUCGAAAGCGACCUCCAUUUCCAUGCCCUCCGCGGUGCCCACAUCAAGACGCUCGACGAGCAGACGGUGGCGAGAUCCGAGCACGCCAGAGAGGAGCGAACGCUUGUCUUCACUGACCGGCCACUGCGUACCGGCGAGACCGUGUUUAUCAAGGUGACCAAGUCGAGCCCAGCUAGGUCGGGAUCGCUGUCCUAUGGCGUGACAUCAUGCGACCCCGCCGUGCUGCGCCCUAGUGACCUGCCCUACAACCCGGAGGCCUUAGUCGACCGCAAGGAAUUCUGGGCUGUAUGCCGAGUGCCCACGCUGCUCCAGAGCAGUGAUAUACUGGGCUUCCUGGUCAACCAGGAAGGGGAGGUGAUCUUGAGUCACAAUGGCACCAAUGCGGGGAUGCAAGUGUGUGUGGACAACUCCCGGCCCCUGUGGAUGUUCUUCGGUCUGCACGGAGCCGUCACUCAACUCAGGAUACUGGGUUCCACACAUCUCGGGGACCAGCCAGCGCGGGCUCCCUCCAUCCCCAGCUCUCCCUCCUCCUCCCACUACACCCCCAGCGCCCUAGCCCUGGCCCUGGGUAGUGGAAGCUCUGACCCUGUCCUUAACGGAGGCCUGGGAGGCCCCUGCUCCGGGGCCUACUGUGGUGGCUCUGCGGGAGGAACGACCCCCAGCUCGCCCGUCAGCCUCCCCAAGUCGCCCACCUUCCCAUCAGGCAGCGGGAGAGGGCCCGGGUGGCCGACUGGCGAUGAGUGUUCCAUCUGCUACGAGAAUCACGUGGACACGGUCAUCUACGCCUGCGGUCACAUGUGUCUCUGCUACACCUGUGGCGUCAAACUUAAGAAGAUGUCCAACGCCUGCUGCCCCAUCUGCAGGAGACAAAUCAAAGACAUCAUUAAGACCUACCGUAGCACGUAGGGGGCCAUUGAAGCUAAGGGCCUCGAAACUGAGGGCCACAGGCAUAAGUUAAUGGGGAGAGGAGGAAGACAUUUGGGGAAAGACUUUGAUAAGCUUUUAAGAUCAGGGAAAUGGACAAUGGACAGUUCACUCUGGUACUUUGGUGUGAUGGAUUUUGAGGAAGUAUCUUGGUUUUUGGUUCAAAUACCCAUUUUGUGUUGGCUGGUACAGUUAGUAGACCUGCACUGCAAAGGUCUCUUGCAUUUCCACUUUCCCUCUCUGACGCAGUGUGUGACGGCUUUUGAAGUGGCGGGUUUGCAACCGUGGCGAGAACUUCCUCUCUCAACUAGAAGUUUUCAUUCUUCUUACUCUCUCCGAGGAUUCAGGAAGUUUCAGACUUGUUGUUUAAGCCACUUCCAGAUGACUGCAUGGAAGCAAACCAUGUGGUUUCAAUUCAACGUUUUUGCUCUUGAGAUUAUCUAUUUAUGUUGAAGAGGAGAAGGACUGUUAAGUUCCAAAAUUUGCUUCUUAACUUGACUCAACUUUGUUAAAAAAAAACAACAGGCAAAAUGUCUACCCUUGUCCACAAAAAGUUAUUUAUUAACAUAACGUCUCAGUAUGGCACAACUUCUGUCUGUGUGUUACUUAGGCAAACUGCAGAGGAAAAGAGAGGACUUAUUUGUUG